GAAGAUAGAAAGCUUCUUUCAACGUAUUUGCUGGUCUUUACCUAAUAAGCUUUCCUCUUUGCUUUUGCCUUUUAGGGGAUGAUUCUGUGAUCAUCAUCAUUGCUCAUCUUUCUCCCAGCACAGAGGCUUCUUUCUGGUCUGCAACAUGGUUGUCGAGGUAAUGGAGACAAGAAACGGAUGGCCACUUGGGCUAGGUAACAUUAAUCUGAGACUUAGAGCUACACUCAACUUUGAGGCAGCAGCACCAGCAAACGAAUUGUCCUCAGAAAUGCCCUCUCCCAGUCCCAGUUUCACCUCAUUUUCAUCCUCCAAUCUUGAUACUGAGUUUCUUGGCUGGUAUUGUUUCUUUUCUCAAUAUGCACUAGUCCACAGCAUCAUUCUUCCAAGAUCAGAGUGUGCCGCUGGGACGGCUUAUAGGAAUAAGACCUGCGAGCCGAGGAAGUUUGCAGUUCCCGAGUACAAAUGACUUCAGACAGCAUAGGAGUUUAUCUAGUGGAAGAUCAAAUGCGGAGGUCUCCAGAAAUCCUGGGGUAGAAACAUCUCAGGGGCUCUGUGUCCCGUUAUUACACAAUGUCAUAGAGAAGAUGAGCCGAAGUAAAAGCACCUCAAGGCAUUAAUUUGAGACCAAACAUCUAUUUUUGGUCCAUAUUUGAGAUCCAAAUGAUCGUCACACACCUUUGAUUGCUUCCCUAUUGGAUGACUCAUUUGUAAUUGUUCUUCUGUAAAUUUUUCCAAAUCAGCUGCUUGCUGCUUUGUCCUGGGGACUAGUUCAAGUUUAUUGUAUCAAGUUAGGUAACAGAAUACAUGACCAGUUCAAGUUUCUUCAAGUCAACUUAGGUAAGAGAAAUAAAGGAUUACGCAUCAUUAUUUAGCCAA